AGCUGAAGAAAACAGAUUUUCCUUUAUGUUGUCGAACUGAAUAUAUUGAAUAUUACUAAUAUUAUUUAUAUAUAGAAAACUUCCAGUUAAGUUGUUACUUAAUAGACUUUCUCUUUUUUCUUUAUACAAAUCAUUUUAAAAUGAGUGCUAAUACAUUUUUUUAAUAAAUAUAUGACAGAGUACCUCAGUACAUAAAAGGAACCUACUGAUUGCUAGGCAAAAAAUGGAGAUCUUUGACCAGGAUUGGAACACAAGUGGCACAACAGGACUUGAUUUCCUACGAUGUCCAAGUUGUAAUAUGACAUUUAAGUCCUCUCUUUUACUUGAGAAGCACCGUGACAAGUUUUGCAUUGGAGGAGAUAUUGGAAAAGUCAGAGACACUCAAACUCCCCAAGAUAUGCUUUGGAGAGUAAAAGAUUAUAAGAGGAGAAACCAAGAGCAGAGAAGGAAUCAUGAUGCUAAGGAACGCUACAUACUGGAUAACUUGAAUGGGAAGGAACAGAGAUUAACACGCAUCAAUUCAGAACCUACCUACACUGAGAAACGUACUUUUGGGAAACUGGGCCUUGGUCCUUCUGCUGAUGACAUGAGAAAGCAACAGCUGCAGCUUCGAACCUUGGCAGAAGCCCAUGGUAGGCUGAUGGCUGAUAUUGUGGCCCAAAAUAAAAAACUAGAAAAACAAAGAGAUGAGAUUAUGCGACGACUAAACGAAUUUUCUGAAAAGAACAAAAAUUCUUCACAACUAGAAGCACUCUUACUGCAGCUGAAAGCCCAAGAAAAUAAAAAUGAAAUUCUUGUGGAGUCCAUGAGGCAGCAGAUACAGUUUCUACAAAUGGAAGCAGUGAGGACUAAAAAUCAGAGAAGACAUACUGACACCCGAAUGCAUUUGUUUCAAAAUGGGAGACUUUCCAGGCAACAGACAUUUGUGCCGUUCUACGGAGGUGGAAGUUUAUGUUCUGAAAUAAGUGCUUUGCGGAUGACAUACUUGCAGAAUGGCGGGAGUGAUCCCAUGAUUUUAACACAGCUUAAUGAACUUCUGGCUGAAGCCCAGAAAGUUGAGGAAGGAAACAAACAGAGAAAAACUCGGCACAAGGAAAAGAAUAGACGAGACAGUAACACAAUCAGACGCAACCUCAAUGUGGAGUUGAUUGCAUUAGAAAUUGAAAACCAACGCCUUGAAGAUGAAAUCCUUAAACUUCAGCUACAAAGACAUAAAGAAUCCAGAUUCCCCAAAACAUAUUAUCGAAAAGUGCAGCCCGGUACCUCACCAGCAAUUUUGCAAGAUGAGAAUGCUCAUAAAGCAAAGAAUUUAAAAUCUGAGCUGGAGCUGUUGAAAAAUGAACUAGAAAUUCAGCGCUUGAAACGCAUCAUGAAGACAGGUGCUGCACGACAACCAUCGGCACGACCACCCCAAUCUGGGCUUCCUCCACUGGAGGGAAUGAAGCCACAGACUCCAGGUCUUACCAAGCACUUCUUAGAUUCCAGUGAUGGUCUUGGACCAGCACCGUAUGAUCCAGUAGCUGGCUUUACACUGUUUUAUGACUUCUUAUUGGGUUUGGACCCCUCACUCCGAGUGUGUCGUUUAGUGGUGGGACUGUACAGUGAAGGGCAAGAGAUGGGUAACCCUUCCCCACUUCCUCCUGUUUACUGUGAAACUGGCUCUCUGACUACGUAUUUCUCUGACAGUAAACUGAGAAAUAAAGCAACUCUGGCAACAAAACAAGCUGUUCCCAGGGUGCGCCCAUCAACAAGCAUUUCCCUUAUUAUUGAGUUGCAAGCUUCAGGAGGCUAUGAUCCCUAUAGACAUGAAGUAAACCAUCUCAUAUCACGAGGCUGGGCCAAGAUUGACAUCUUUGAUGGGCAUCAUCGCGUCAUUAGUGGUCGAUGGAAAAUUCCUAUUCGUAUACUUCCUGUUAAACCUUCUAUGACAUCCAGAGAACUAAAUGGAGUGCCACAGCUAGAAAAUACAGAGUUGUUCAUUCGGCUUGUUAACUCUAGAGAUGCUGACAUGCAAAGCUUUUUGCCCAUUGAUCCCAGCAAUGCAGGAUUGUACAAAUACCCACCACUGGCUUCUGCAUGGAAUUCAGGACACCCUGAUGCUUCUCGUCCACCAUUUGUCUUGCCUCACAACUACCUGAAUUCCCAUCACAUGUACCCCUCAUUUAUAGAGAGUGUGGAUCCACCACCACUGAGUAAGCCAGUGAGUGCAGCCAGAUGAUCGCCCAGAUGAUAGAUGAACAACACCACAUUAAUUUAUUUUUUUUCCUUCAACUGGAAUUAAACUAUAAAGCACACGAGCUGUCCUCCAGCACUACAUACUGUUCAGGCAUUGAAAUGCAAACAAUCAGAUGAUUACUGCAUGCAGUAACUGACCUUCAAACAUCAAACAUCAGGUUUUAGCUGUGCAAUGCAUCUCCAAUAAAAUUUAUUUUUAAUUGUAUGAGUGAAUGUUAUUUGCUGGAAAUGUCUGGUAAAAUUUAAAAGCAUGCUCAGUUAAAAACCAAGUGCUUUUAGAAAUGCAUGCUACCUAACUCAGAAAAAGUUCUGUCUGCAGCGCCAUGUGUCUGGGUUCAGCAUGAACUUAGGUCACAAAAGGUCAUAUGGAAAGGAAGGAAUGCGUGAGUAGUACUAAGACUGGUUUAUUUCUAGGAGAUGUUGAUCAGUGCGAGAAUGAAUGAAAUAAUACCAAAUUCUGCUGCAACUGGGACAAUUUCCAAUGGAGAAACCUGCAUGCAAAAGCUAUUUGCUCAUCGGCUCAAGUGAUAUAGAUAUUAUUUUAUGACAUUUGCUGUGUAAUAGAAUGUCAUUUUUGAAAACUGUGUGAGAAUCAUAUUGUGUGGUUCAAAAGCCAGCAGUCAUUUUUCCUGAGUCAAAACAGCCUCAAGAUUUCAGUAGCAGAAGUAUUUAUGGAAGCAGUCUUUGUGGCUAGUGGGUAAGGAUGACUAGCUAAAAUGGUCAUGACAGGUUAAAGUUAUUUUCUAAAAUUUGUUUUAUAAUUAUCUUUUCAUUAACAGAUUUUCCAAACAUAUAUACCAGUAAUAUAAAUAAUAUUCACACCAAGUCAGCAAGACAGAAUUUAACGGUUUAACAUCACGUAAGUUAAAACACAUCAAGCUAGUAAGAAAAUGUAUCCAUACAAUGGAAUAAAUUAUAAAGCAAACUGCAAUCUACAAUCUACCAUAUGUGAAUUAUAUAAUGUGAAAUUUGUUUUAAAAUAUGAGAAAUGUACUCCAUAGUAAAAGAAUAACUAAAAAUAUAUACUUUGACCACACAAAGGUUCCCCUUGGUCUUACCUGAUCCACUAAAAAUGUUUUAUAGUGGAUCUAAACAGUACAAAGAAAGAACCAAGCACUACACAUUUAUCGUACACUACUAUACUAAAACUGUCUGAAUAAAUUAACUUAUAACUUUCCAAGAAAGGAUCCAAAGUGACCACUUCGUGUGCUACUUGACUUCAGAUCUUUACCAAAUAAAAACAUGUAGCUAGCAAUCCUGUGUUCUUAUUUUAAAAUCUCACUAUAAAUAGGUAGUUAUAUUUACUUUAGAAAAAAAAUAAUAUAAACUUUUGUUUGGCUCUGCUAUGUUAAAAAUAUCAAUUUCAAUAUAAAAGUAGUUUUCCCCUUAAAAUUAAUAAUCAUAAUAAAAGUAUCCUAGUGUGGGUCUUAGUUAAUCUUUAAAAAGGCUACUAAAUAACACUGUUUAAAACACAAAGUUGACAGGAAUAUUAUUGUUAGUUUAAAUAAUAUUCCAGACAAAGCAGGAUUAAUGGCCUCAGAGAAUUUCUCUCAUUGCUAAAAAAUAAGUUCAGACUGAAAAGACAUCAUUUGUGAAUGUAAUGAGACUCAAGUCCAGCUAACUUAUAUGUUUCAAACCUUUUCAUAUUGUAUUUAUACACUAGCUAUUUUGCAUACAUAACAGAGCAGCAAAAGCUGGUUCUGCUGAUUGGAGCCAAGCCAACACAAGCAAGCAUCUCAUCUUACAUAUAUUGCAUAUAUUGUUAGCCACAGUGUCUUACUGCAUAGUUCAAAAAUGAACACCGUAAAAAUAUACAUUUCAGCAAGAAGAAUAUCUUUCCCUAAUUAUUUUUGAUAAAAAUGGUUUUGUAAUAACAUUGUUUAUCAUUUAUUGCUAAAAAUAACAUCUACACUAUUGACUGACAUAAAAAUAAAGGAAAAUUAUUUUAUUUGUAUUUUUCUUACUUGUUAAUUAAGUAAUGCCAGCAGUCACAGCAGCCUCUUUUCAUGAAUGACAUGGGAGUACUAUCUGAACACGUUGUUUGCUCAGAAGGAAACAGUAGGCAAAGAGAGACUGAGAGAAUCAAACCCAGGACCAUAAGAUGAAGUUCAAUAACAGUUCUAGAACUUGGUCUUCUGCACUAAGCUGUUAGGCUAACCAUUAAAACCAUUAAAAGUUUAAAAAAAUAACUGUAGUCCCAAAUUUCUUUAUAAACUCUAAUGUACAAAACAGUUAAUUAAUUUGAAGAAAUAGCACAACUUAA